UCUGCAAUGUACCUGCAGUUACUGUAUGUUAAGUUCGCAUUGCACCAAAGUGCCAGUCCAGAUGCCCCUCUGUUUAAUCCACAGUUUAUAUGCAAAAUUGGUGGAAUAUUUUCUCCAAAACUAGAACGGUCCAAAACUCAGACAUCAUGCUAGUUCUGAUUUUUUUAAAUUUCCAUGUUGUCAUUUGCAGAAUCGAAAGUGUUGAAAGAGAUUCCAGUCUUAGCAAGCAGGUAGUGAAGCUGGUCUGUUCAACAUCUUCCUGUCAGUUCUCCACUGCCAGUAUACUUGCUUGCUUUCUCUAUUCUUGGUUGAGAACACUGCCAAAAGGAAAUGUGAGGAAUCUGUCCAACUUGUCUCUUUCAAAAUCCGCAUCCCAUUUUUCAAUAUUUUUUUUUUCUGUAAUGGCUACUAGGACUCAUAAUAGUAAGGGAUUGGGAAGAAAUCCAUUCCUCAUUCUAUUGCAAAAGAACAAGGAGGGUGCAGUAGAUGUAGAAAGUCUGACCAGCUUUAGCAGAGGGAUCCCACUUUGGGUGCAGUUUACUUUCCACAAAUAUGAGUGGAAGACUCGACACUACAGACUGAUUGUAACUGUGGCAAGGCUUUUCCUGCCAGUAUUGUGCAAGCUGGUUAUUCUAUUAAAAACCCAUAUCGUUUACAAAUGUCUUAUUUUUAAGUUUAAUCAAAUUUUGUAUUAAAUAUAAUCCGUGUUGAUAAUGCAGUUUAUAAGCACAUGCAGGAGCAUCUGCUUCUGUUUUUGUCUAGGUGGAGAUUAUCCCUUAAUCAUGCAAGGCCCAGGUGUGCACUUUCAGAUUUGUUGACUCAGGGAAGCUGGAGAUAACAUUAAAGGGCAGUCACAUUAUACUGUAGUCACAUUUAGGUUGUUGCUCCUCUGAAGAAGACUCUUGCUUGAACCACUCAGUGAAAAGAAUGGCAAGAAGAAAUGUCCUCAUUACAGGUUGCUCCUCAGGAAUUGGACUGGCAUUAGCUGUAAAAAUGGCAAAAGAUGAACAGAAAAGAUUUAAAGUUUAUGCCACAAUGCGGAAUCUGUCCAAGAAAGAGCCACUGGAGGAAGCUGCAGGUCACAGGCUGGGCAAAACCCUCGAAAUUAAACAACUUGAUGUCUGUGAUGAACAGUCUAUUAAAGCUUGUGUGAACAGUAUCCCUGACAGAAGGAUUGAUGUCUUAGUGAGCAAUGCUGGAAUGGGGCUCAUUGGACCUAUUGAAUGUCAGACCAUAGAUGAAAUGAAAACUGUGAUGGAUACCAACUUCUUUGGACUGGUUCGACUCCUGAAGGAGAUUUUGCCUGACAUGAAGAGGAGAAAGAGUGGGCAUAUAGUUAUAAUAAGCAGUGUUAUGGGAAUACAAGGUAUUUUAUUUAAUGAUGUUUAUGCUGCAUCUAAGUUUGCUGUGGAAGGAUUCUGUGAAAGUUUAGCUAUUCAAGCACUCAAGUUCAAACUGCAGUUAAGUUUGAUUGAACCAGGCCCAGUGGUUACAGAGUUUGAAAGAAAAGUGUUUGAAGAUGGAAUGAAAAUGGAUCUUUCAGCUGCAGAUGUAGAAACAGCAGAGAUGUUUACUAAUAUUUACCUUAAAAAUUACAAGCAGAUUUUCCAGAGCCUGGGACAAAGUGCUGAAGAUGUUGCAGAGCAUACAGUAAAAAUAAUUCUUUCAGAAAAUCCACCUUUUCGCCAUCAGACCAACACCUUGUAUACUCCAAUGACAACUCUGAAGUAUGCAGAUCCAAAUGGAGAUCUACCCAUUGAUAUAUUCUACAAAAUGGUUUUUCAGCAUGACAAAAUCUUCAGUGCAAGUCUUAACUUCAUCAAAUUGCUACGGUGGAGAAGUAGAAAGAGCUUUGACCUGGGGAAACCCUCACAAUGAAUAUGAGAUUAUAUAGUGCAAAUUGGGAUUACUUGUAGCUACCGAUGACUCAGUAUGUUGUUAUUCACAUGGCUUUGCUCUGUAAUUGUGAAAAGGAAUUCGAGAUGUUUAUUUGAGCUUAGCUAACAUAUUCAGCUGAAUGUGUAUAUCUUCAACAUUACAGUUUGAAGAACCUUGCAAUUAAAAUCCUCUAACUACAGUUUUAUUCUAUUUAGUGUUUGCUUUUCACACCGAUAUGUUUUCGUGGGAAUGUGGACACUGACUGACACUUGUGUAUUAGCCCAAUCCCUUCACUUAGUAGAGUAUAAUACAUAGUGAGAUGUGUACAGUAGGUAAACUAUUUAGAUUCUUAAUAUAAUAAAAAUAUUAUAUCUUUUUGCUUAUUAGAAUAGGAUAGAAUCAAUAAUCCUUCAAUCACAGCUGCAUUCUUGUUUUCAGAAUUUGAAUCUAUUUAUCAGCAACAGAAGAGAUAGUCUCAUCAAUCUUAAAGUGUCACAAGUGGGAUAUUUAUUAUUCAUAUCUAUUUAUUGUAAUAUUCUGAAUGCUUCCUUUAUGUGCAAUGGUUACUAGUGUAUUACACUUAGUGAACAAUAAAAUGUUUUUAAAAGCAACUUAAAAUAUCUUCUUACUGUCUUGGUACUAUUAUUUUGAAAACCAAAGUAUUGUCAGUAAUAAGUGAUUCCAAUUCAUUAAAUGCCUUCAGUGUCUGAAGCAGAGCCACAGGCUCUCCUGUUCUAAGCUAUCCUAACAAGCAGGUGUUAAAUCAAAAUUCUAUUAUGAAGAGAAGGUCUUUUCCUUGUCUUUCUCUCACUCUAGUCUGACAAGUCAUCUGAGGCCAAGCUGGGGGCCUGGGUUUAAGUGCUGUUCUUACGUGGCAUUC